AUGUCGGAAGAGAAGAACGCUGAGCUUUGGGAGGACGUCACGGAAAAGUCUUAUGACCCAGCAAAGCUGCCCGAAGUCGAGAACGAGUACGACGAAGGAGACGUAGUCGACGGAAUCAUCAAGAGCUUCAAGAAAGUUGUCGGUUUGAAAAAAUCAGAUACGACAACUGACGCUCAGCCACCUUCCUCUUCGAAAACUACUAAGCCCAGCAGUGCUAGUUCUACUUACACAAAGCGCGAAUAUGAUUGGAAAAAGGUCGAGCAGUCGAAGAAGAAGAUUUUCUUGAUCUUUGGAAUCGAAAGCUUUGAUAACUCGUGCGUUUGGAUUAAUGAGGACGGAACUCCGACCGGUACUGUGGUCAAUAAGAGACACGGUGCGAAAAAUGACGUCGCCAGACUGAAUAAAACAAUGUUGCGCCUUGGCUUCGAAGUUCGAAUCUACAACAACGCGGACAAAAAAUUCACAGAGGACAUUCUUCAAAGUUUCAAAAACAUGGAUCUUUCAAAUAUCGAAGUAUUCGGCAUGGCGAUUUCGUCGCAUGGAAGUGCGAAUAACAUCAUUUAUUUGAAGGACACACACACGGAUUUGAACUUCUUUGUCGAUCCUAUUAAGGCAAACAGAACCAUGGCCAAGAAACCAAAGCUCUUCUUUGUAAACGCCUGUCGAGGAAAUAAAUUCAGCAAGACGCAUCUCGUAGCUCAAGGAAACACCGUGCAAAAAAGGUGGCCCUAUGAUGCUGAUUGUUUGAUCCACUACUCUUCUAUUGAAAAACACUAUUCGCUGAGAAGCACUACAGUUGGAAGCUUUUUCGUUGUCGCUUUGUGCGAGGUUUUGGAUCGGCUGAAAAGUACCGACAAUCGAGACAUUCACGAAGUCCUCGCUGAAGUUAAUCGCACUGUAGCGAGUAUGGAUCCUGCGUAUAUCGACUCGCGGAAUACAGAAGUUCUCCAAAUACCAGUCAUUCAAUCAACGCUCACCAAGUUCCUUGUUCUCGCUCCCCCAUCAUAA